UUCAUCAGACGGACUCGGGGUGCGUCGCGUCUCGCAGCCAUCAGCGCCCUGUGCGGCGACAUUUCUGACUUGAGUGGAGGAAUGCGCGAAGGCAGCCCGGCAGGACCCGGUCUUGGAGGAUGUUCUUGGCGCCAAGGCUGCUCGCCCUGACGGAUGUCCCCUCGGACCCAGCGCCACGUCUUCAUCUGAAAUAAAAUGAGAGCGGUGCCAAGCGGGAGAGAACCGCCGGGCUGCUGGUUCUGAUCCCCGGGAAUCGGGAAAUCGUCCUGCGGCUUAAUUUGAAAAAAAAAAAAUAAUAAUAAUAAUAAGAGAAAAAAAUUAGAAAUAGGAGGAAAAAAAAUCCCUCCGUAAAAGUUUAAGGCGAGAAGUGUCAGAGGCAGGGGCGCGAGGAGGCGCGGAGGAGAGCGGGCAGGCGGGGACUGGGCUGCGAGACCGCCCGGCGGCGGCGAUUCCAUUAUUAAUAUCGCCACAUUUUUGGAGGGAGAGGCACCUUUCCCGUCCGCGCUUCCUCUCCGCCCACCCCCGCUCCCUCCUCCUCAUCUACCUGUCAAAGUCACCGAUCUUCUGCAUUUCGGAAGAGGACGUCAACGAGAAGGAAUCCCCCCCUCUCCGCCAGGGCUCCGAGAGGGGGCGUCGCGCAGGAGGCUCCCCCCAGGGGCCCGGAGGCGAAGGGUGCUGGUGCCAGAAGGAUGGUUGGUGGGACACAGACACCAGGCUGGAGACACGCACCCUCGUGCUUCGAGUACUGACAUCGGAGGGCGAAGAGCCCUUGGGAGCCAGCCCCGCACGCCCAGGACCUACCCCAGGGCUAUCGGAUGUACAGCCAGAGAGCCCUCCCUUUGCCAAGUCGUGAUCUGCGACUAGACGUCUUUUCCAAACACCAAACUAGACCCCGGUCGAAUGGACAAGGAAAAAACUGCCAGUGGCUAUUAACACCGAACGCCCGAGUAUGUUAGCAGGUCACCAAAGUCCCUGAUGUCCCCGAACACGCACAGUCUCUCAACCCUUCACACUCAGCUUUGGAAUCGACUUUGAGGUCUCAUCCUCUUUUUUUUUUUCCUUUAAACACAACGCUGUUUAUGUCUAUGCGUAUGUGAAAUAGACACAGCCCCCCGAGGAGCAGGCCCCGCGUUAGUUCCCGCCAGGGCUGCCAAGAACUUAGAGAUGUAUUUGUCACGGUUCCUGUCCAUUCACGCCCUCUGGGUGACGGUGUCCUCGGUGAUGCAGCCCUACCCGCUGGUGUGGGGACAUUACGAUGUGUGUAAGACUCAGAUUUACACGGAAGAAGGGAAGGUUUGGGAUUACAUGGCCUGCCAGCCGGAGUCCACGGACAUGACCAAAUACCUGAAAGUGAGGCUGGACCCGCCGGACAUCACCUGCGGAGACCCUCCCGAGACGUUCUGUGCAAUGGGCAACCCCUACAUGUGCAAUAACGAGUGUGACGCGAGCACCCCCGAGUUGGCACACCCCCCGGAGCUGAUGUUUGAUUUCGAAGGAAGACACCCGUCCACCUUCUGGCAGUCCGCCACCUGGAAGGACUACCCCAAGCCUCUCCAGGUGAACAUCACUCUGUCCUGGAGCAAAACCAUCGAGCUCACGGACAACAUCGUCAUCACCUUCGAGUCGGGGCGGCCGGACCAGAUGAUCCUGGAGAAAUCUCUGGACUACGGGCGCACAUGGCAGCCCUACCAGUAUUACGCCACAGACUGCCUGGAUGCCUUCCACAUGGACCCCAAGUCCGUGAAGGAUCUAUCCCAGCACACGGUCUUAGAAAUCAUCUGCACCGAAGAGUACUCCACGGGGUACAUGACAAACAGCAAGAUAAUCCACUUUGAGAUCAAAGACAGGUUCGCGUUUUUUGCUGGGCCCUGGCUACGCAACAUGGCUUCCCUGUACGGGCAGCUGGAUACAACCAAGAAGCUCCGAGAUUUCUUUACGGUCACAGACCUGAGGAUCCGGCUCUUGAGACCAGCCGUCGGGGAAAUAUACGUGGACGAGCUGCACCUGGCUCGCUACUUUUACGCCAUCUCAGACAUCAAGGUGCACGGGAGGUGCAAGUGCAACCUGCACGCCACCGUGUGCGUGUACGACAACAGCAAGCUGGCCUGCGAGUGCGAGCACAACACGACGGGCCCGGACUGUGGCAAGUGCAAGAAGAACUACCAGGGCCGGCCUUGGAGCCCGGGCUCCUACCUGCCCAUCCCCAAGGGCACCGCCAACACCUGUAUCCCCAGUAUUUCCAGUAUUGGUAAUCCUUCAAAGCUUAAUAGGAUUUGGCCGAAUAUUUCUUCCCUUGAGGUUUCUAACCCAAAACAAGUUGCUCCCAAAGUAGCUUUGUCAACAGUUUCUUCUGUUCAAGUUGCAAACCACAAGAGAGCCAAUGUCUGCGACAACGAGCUUCUGCACUGCCAGAACGGAGGGACGUGUCACAACAACGUGCGCUGCCUGUGCCCCGCCGCCUACACGGGCGUCCUGUGCGAGAAGCUGCGGUGCGAGGAGGCCGGCGGCUGCGGCUCGGGCUCCGGCCCCGGGGCGUCCGCGCUCCGCCGCCCGGCGCUGCUGGUGACCGCACUGCUGGCCACCGCCGGGCCCUUGGUGAUCUAGGCUGCGCUGUAGCCACCGGCCGGGCCUGUGCCCUCGGGAAGCAAACGCGGCCCAAGCCUUUGCCACUGACCUAGAAACCCACACGCAGACACCCCCACUCAGACGCAGGGAACGAACUCAAGAGGCCCGACUGAACUAAGCCAUAUCUGUCAGCCGUGGGCGCACCUGCGAGUC